AUGGGAGUACCCUCUUUAGCCAUACCCACUGAGGCACCAAACCCCAGGCACACCAUCUUGAUGCCAGUUCAGGGGAAGAGUAUGAACUUGAUAUCUUUGCAGUUGAUAUCAAACCAGAAAUACAUGCCCAAACUGUCUACAACACCUCACAAAAUCCAAGAGGCGCGGCCCUGGGGGGUAAGUUGUCCAGCCCCUUGGAACUGGGUGUGACUAAGGACAUAAACAAAUCAAUCAUGGUUACAUAUUGCCUCCACAUGCAACACACUGCCGGAUGAAAUUGCUCAAUCGUCGAUCCCUCUAGGGCAGACGAUCAAAAACUAUUUCACCCACAGCAAAGCAACCUUAUUCACUAAUGAAAACUCUAACCUCAAACCUAUGGGUAAAAGGCAAGCCACUUCACCUUUUUAGCUCAGACUAUGCAAAGCUGACACUGGUUAAGAUCCCUGCAGAUGAAGUCCAUUGA